CACGUCUGCCUGGCACGGCCCGGCCCGGCCCGGCCCGGUUCAGCAUGCCACCGUGCUGGUCCGAACUCUUCCGAAUCGUCCGAUGGCGCGACAGGACGCCGUGAGAUGCGUGCGUAUUUUCCUCUACGCGCUCAAUGUGCUUUUCUGGCUUUUGUCAGCGUGCAUUCUGGGAGUGGCGGCGUGGAUUCGAGAUUCCCUGAACGCCGUCCUGACCCUGACUGCUCACACCAGGCUGGAGGAAGCCGCAGUGCUGACGUUCGCUCCCGUGGUCCACCCCGUCCUGGUGGUGGUGUGCUGCUUUCUGCUGAUGGUGGCCAUGCUGGGCAUUUGCGGCACGCUACGCUGUGACCUCGUGAUGCUGUCCUGGUACUUUGGAAGUCUGCUGGUCAUCUUGUGUGUGGAGUUGGCCAGCGCCCUCUGGACCUAUGAACAGCCCCCAUUGCAGCGCUCUGACAUUAUCAGUCUCAAGUUUCGUAUGUCAAACUUUGGCCUUCGCCAGCAUCAGUGGCUCACACACACCUGGAACACCUUUCAGACAGAGUUUGAAUGCUGCGGGGUGAUCUACUUCACGGAUUGGCUGGAGAUGACGGAGAGGGAGUGGCCUCCCGACUCUUGCUGCUCCAAUCAGUAUCCCGGAUGCGCCCGGCGAGCCCACCAACACGACCUGAGCGAUCUCCAUCAAGAGGGCUGCGGUCCCAAGUUGCUGUCGUUCAUCCGCUCUAGCGCGCCGCUGCAGCUACUGCGUUUUCUGGGCGUGGCCUUGGGCGUGGCGCAGAUCCUAGCCAUGGCUCUGACGCUCACGCUGCUCUGGACGCUUUACUACGGACGCCGGAGACUUAAGGAGCGACGGGGCUCGCCGGCGCCGCCUCAGGGAGGCGUGGUCACGCCCGCCGCCGAGCACCGUGUACAGGUAGAGCCCGGGUCCUAGCAUUGGAACUCAUACGACUGUGGAAACAUUAGCAUGCUAGAACUUAAAACAAUGUAUGUGUGGUGUGCUUCGUGUAUGUACUGUAUGUUCAACUGAUUAAUACAUUCAAUUUUGAGGAAAAACAUAAAUGAAUGCACCUGUAACUAUUACACAAAUCUUCAUAAUGUAUACAUUCAGUAGGCCAUAUCGACAAAUGAAUGGGCUCCCCGGGCUUUACGUUGCCUCGCCGUAUGCAUCUGGUCUUGCGCAGUUCUCAAGACGAUGCUGUCGUUAUUAUUUCCUUUUGGUAAGGAAUGUUUCCAAGGGUCACAGUUCACAAAGGAAGUGAGCAGAGAGGAAACCGACUGGACACAUUAAUAAUAGUCAGGAGCCGCUGCUUCUUCCCGAGACAAAUGAGUGUGUUUAUUUCUCAAAAUGGGAUUUAUGUACUUCAACACUGCACACACUGUUAACCAUCGUUCAUGCCAUAAAUAUACAAGAAUCAUCAUCAAGUGUAUCCAUGAUAUUAAAGAUGUUUGACAAAGAGAAAAUCAUGGUUCCACUAGUGCAUGCUAGUAUUCUCUAACAAUUGGUUUGGAACGGGAUAUGAAGGUUGGAAUAAACAAUGAAAUGGCUUAGAACAGAUGAGCCCACUUCAAGCAAAUAAA